GUGCGCGACGGAGAAGGCCGUCCUAGCGCAAGUGGUGGAGCAUGAGAGCGACGUGGACUCUUGUGGAAGACCAGGCGUUUUGUGCCGUGGCAGUCCCCCCAGGCGAGUGUGGUACCGUUGGUGAAGUAGGUCUAGUGGGGGUUGUGGGACAAGGCCAGGCGGUGUACGUGGCCGACACAGCGGCCACGUGCUCCAUGUUCCGAUGUGCAGACAACUUCGUGAACUACCGUGAGCGUAGCGGUUGGGUGAAGGGGAUCGGAGGCGACAAGGCCCCCGUUCCUCUUCUAGGAUACGGAGAUGUGACCUUAGUCCUACAGACGGAAGAUGGUGGAGUACCCGUACCAGUACUGAAUGCUGCCCAUGUACCAGAGGCCCCCUACAACCUCCUCUCGCUGUCUUCGUUGGCGGAGGAGGGCCACACGUAUUCGGGGAUGAAGGGGGGCCUCACGCUGACCACGCAAGCCGGGGGGGAGGUGUGGUUCCCUCGGACGGGAAAGCUGCUGACCCAACGAGGCUAUCAAAUACAGCCAACGCUACACACCGUCUGUGCCGCACUCAUUGUUCCUGGCGAUGCGAAAGCAGCCACCCCAACUGACCUCAACGAGUACCACCUCGCGCACGGCCAUGCCCACGAGACAUUGCUCAGGAUCACGGCGGAGCAGCAGGGAGUGCAGCUGACGGAUGGACCGCUGCUACCCUGUCUUGGCUGUUCGAUGUCCAAGAGACAGGUGAAACCCGUCCAGAAGAGCACGAGCACGCGCGCACUGCUACCUCUCGCAGAUGACGAGGAGGGAGGGGAGGGCGAGAGCAGAGCGGGUGCAUCACGCCAUGGUUGGGGGGGGAGAGAGACUCAGAGAGUGAGUCCGACCUCGACGUGAUGGAGGCUCGUGCGCCAGGGCAAGUGACGCCGUUUGUGCGCGAGGAGGCGCCGACGGCACCCGGCAACGGGAUUCCGGGGGACGGAGGCAGCGUUCCCCCGUCGCCCCCUUCGGGAAGGGGCGAUUUCGGCGGAGGCAGUGACAGCCCCACCGACAGCCCCACCGACAGCAGCAGCAGCAGCAGCAGCAGCAGCAGCAGCCCGAGCAGCAGCAGCAGUGACGCCGGCGGUGCCGGCGGCCCGGGCGGCGAAGAGUCCAGCGACCCAGGUGGGGACGGCGGUAGCGGUGGUGAUCCCGGCGACUCCGAGAACCUCGAGGAGAUGAAGUAUGAUCCAGCCGACGACCGCUCCCCCCGCGGACUAGAAGGGAAAAAACUCCACUGGGGCGCCUCGAACGCUGGCCCGCUGCGCCAUGGGCUUGAGAGUGGCCGCACGCGGAGGCAGACCCGGGAGAUGCAAGGUGCCCGGGAGAUGCCGGGGCCCGGAGAAACACCGGACCCGGAAGACGCAUUGCUGGCGACCAUCCUGGAAACUGGCGGGACGGGGAUUGUUGAGGACUACAUCUGUAACUCGCUUGUGAAGGAGCAGUGGGACGAGGAGCAGACACGCCGUAUGGAGGAAAUGCACAGGCGCGAGAUGCAGGAGGUGUUGGGCCCGGAACAGCAGGCGUUCGGAGCCGAGGUCGACGCCAGCGGGUCUUCGCAACCACUCCCAGACCCACAGCCAAGUAUGACCUCGCAUAUCGGGCAGAAGCCGAGUGAUGUGGAAGCAGUACCGAUGACGUACAAGGAUGUAUAUGUUU